CCUGCAGCUGGCUAUUUAAGUGGCCAGACUCUCGUCUCUCGAAACACUCGCGAUUCACCCACCUGAGAACACACCUGAGAGGGUGCACUAUCGAAAACGCAGACCCGCAGAUCCCCGAACACUUUGCAAGUACCAAAAAAGGAAAACAGUGUCACCAUGAUACCCACAAUAACGAAGAACUACCAGAAUGUGGUGAUCAGCACGGGAAACAUGCUGGAAAUCACCAACGAAUUGGGCCAGCGCAAGUCCAACGAGGAGCUCUACGACGGCCUAAAGGUAACCCUCCACAGCGACCCUAGCGAGGAGCGCGUGGUGGUCGAAGUGGAGAUAGACGAGACGCACGGCCGUGUGCAGAGGGCCACCCAGGAGCUCAACAGCCGACUCACGGAGAACGGGCGCAACGAGAUCAGUAUUGGCGCCAAGAUAUUCCUCAACCGGAACUCAAGGGAGUACGCUCAGCAGGCCGUAGAAGCUCUGCUCAACAUACUUAAUGUGACGCACGUGGACAAUGUGGUGCUGGCAUACCACCCGAACGUGAACAGCGUUGCCAACGCAACGGCAACGGCCACAACAUCGACGGCGGUCAAAUCUCCCUGCUCCGAGGGCAGCACCGUUCCUUCCACCGCCAGCAACUGGAGCUUGAAGAACGGUGCCCAAGGAGUAGCUGAACUGAAGGAACUCUACCAGUCACUGGAACAAUAUGCUCUCAAGCAAAAAAUCACACAGCUGGGCAUCGCCGAUCUGGACGCCGCUGCACUGGAGGAACUGCACAAAUCUGCCCAGGUUGCUCCUACCAUUGCCCAGGUCAAUCUGUCCACCUGCUGUGUGGUGCCGCCGGAGCUUCAGGAGUUCUGCGCUGCCCACGACAUCCAGUUGAACACGCACAGCGAUCCGGAGCAGCUAUUGCAGGACGAGCAGUUCUCUGGACUGGCACCCGGCUACUCUAUCGACUGGUCUCUGCGCUACCAAGUGCACGUCCGCUGCCGAGGCGUUCUCACCGCCAAGGGCUAUAUCGUCGGAGCCUCCCGGUCGAGUGCUUAGAUUUAUUAUACCCGAUCAGAUGCUAGGCUAUAGUUUUUAUGUUUUUUAUGUAUGUAUACUGUGUGUAGUUGUGUACUUAUUGUUUGUUAUACAAAACCGCCAUUGAUUGAUUUUAUUGUAAACGAUUUUUCGAACCUAUUCAGAACAUAAAGCGUUUCAAAAACGGCA